AGUCCCCCACGUUGCUUGAUCGCCUGGUGUGACUCUCUGCGGGUUGUGACUCGUACCGCGUGCGCGCUGCAAGGGAAGGACCCCGCGAGACCUGGAAGCCGCGCAAUGGAGGCAGUGACCUUCGAGGAUGUGGCUGUGAACUUCACCAUGGAGGAGUGGGCUGUGCUUGAUCCAUCGCAAAAAGUGCUCUACAGAGAUGUGAUGAAAGAAACGUUUAGGAACAUGGCUGAUGUAGGUAGAGCAUGGGAUAAUCAGGAAGCAGAAAAAGAAAACAGUAAUGACUGGAACAAUCAAAGAAAUGAAAAGUUGAAGAAAUGCUAUGCACUAAGUCUGCUUACCAUCACUAACGCUGGACUGGAGACAUGUGAGCUUUGGGGAUCAGAAGAGGAGCUCUAUCAAUGUAAUGAACAUGGAGGGACCUGCAGUGGUUUUCAGUCCUCGCAGAAGAAUGCAAGGACAAAGACUGGAGAGCAAUCCUAUGAAUGUCAUCAAUGUGAAAAAUUCCACUCAUAUUUUAGUGCUGUAUUUCCACAAUAGAAAAAGCCAUAUUUGUUUCUGGUCACAAAUCAGUUCCCAGUUUUUC